AUGCCCGGCUUCGACUUCUCCAACUACAACCGCAAUGCCGCCCUGCACGCCCAGGGUGUGCCUUUGCCCAAAGCCACCAGCACCGGUACCACCAUCGUCGGCUGCAUAUACAAUGGCGGUGUUGUCAUCGCCGCCGAUACCAGAGCCACCAGCGGCCCUAUAGUAGCAGACAAGAACUGCGAGAAGCUGCACUACAUCGCCCCUCAGAUCUGGUGCGCUGGCGCCGGUACCGCCGCAGACACCGAGUUCACCACCGCCAUCAUCUCUUCCAACCUCGAGCUGCACGCCCUCUCGACCGGCCGCAAACCGCGCGUCGUCACCACCAUGACGAUGCUCAAGCAGCACCUGUUCCGUUACCAAGGCCAUAUCGGUGCUUACCUGGUGGUUGCGGGCGUCGACCCGACGGGCUCGCACCUGUUCACCGUCCACGCACACGGUAGCACCGACAAGCUUCCCUACGUGACCAUGGGUUCUGGCUCGCUGGCUGCCAUGUCCGUCUUCGAAACACAGUGGAAGCCCGACCUCACGCGGGACGAGGCGGUGAAGCUGUGUUCGGAUGCAAUUCAGUCGGGUAUCUUCAACGAUCUGGGCUCCGGUAGCAACGUGGACGUCUGCGUCAUCACCGAGGACAAGACGACGCUGCUCCGCAACUACAUCCAGCCUAACCAGCGCGAAGUCAAGCAGAGGAAUUACAAGUUCCAGCGUGGCACGACUGCCGUGCUCAACGAGAAGGUCAUCACCAGGGAGGAGAUCAGCAAGUACGUUACGGUUCACGAGCUCAAGGACGACGAGGUUCCGCAGGCGGCAGAGAAGAUGGAUGUCGACGCUUAA